AUGGCUACCUUCGAAGAUGAUCCUCUCCUGUUAGACAUGGAGUUGGAAUCACGAAUUGGUAGAAUAAGAACACAGGUUAAUUCCAAACUUGAGAAUCAAAAACAACUGGCACUUGUGCUUCAGGCCGUCGAUGAAAACUUGGAAGAUCAAAAGCAGAAGCAGACUCCUGUUACAUAUUUUAUCUCUUUCCUUUCUCUUUUAGAUCAGUGCUGUGAUGGUGAGAACAUAAAAGAUGGCAAUCUUGCUGCUGUGGCUCUUUAUUUCUUGGACUUGGUGUCUCCAUAUACGCCAAAGCAACUUCUAAGAUCAAAAUUCAGUGAGAUAGUUGCACGUCUAGCUCCUGCCUUGUCUAACGACGAGUCUGCUGCCCCAUUACUGAGAUCAAGUAUUGGUGUACUUGAAAGCCUUCUUGUUGCCCAAGAGACUGGUGCCUGGAUUAAUUCGAAUAAUUUCAAGAUUAGCCCCAAAAGAGGCCUCACUGGUCUGCUCCAGCUGUCAUUGGAUCACAGACCAAAGGUUAGAAAGAGAGCACAAGAGGCUGUGCACAAAAUUCUGAGCACGGUUCCGGCUGGUCCUUCUCUUGAGCAUCCUGCCUCAACCCUUUGUGGCGAGUUCGCACUAAACUCUGUCAUCAAGUUGCUGGAGAGACAACAACAAGAAAAAAAGAAUAAAGAGCUCAAUACUGAAAUAAUACACAACUUGCAAUUGAUUGCUGCUAUUACAAAGGCCAAUGCAUGGCCUUUGAAACAAAUACUGCCGCUUUGUGAUGUUCUUCUUGUUGUGGCCAAGACUAGUGACCAAUACUUGGUUUCUUCCUCCUUUGAAGCUUUUGAAGGACUCUUUCAAUCCAUGAAUGACAAAGUUGACGAAGAUAAGUUUGUUCAAGUCUUGAACGUGCUAUUUGAUCUCAAACCCGCCAUUAAUGACCAGCAUUUGACACCAUCUUGGCUGGCUGUUAUUGCUAGGGCUCUCACUUCCUACUCCAAGUCUGUGGAUGCAUACAAAUGUAUUUUGAAGCUGCCAGACGUCUUUAAAAUUGUGGGAGACUUUUUCUUGAGUGAAAAUCCUAAUGUCCGUAUCAGUGCUUCGCAAUGCCUGAUUGCAAUUAUCACUGACUCUGUUGAUGUGAAUUACCUUCUCGAACCACCAAAGACACUCCCUGAGGAUUUCGAAAACGUCGAAGAGGUAAUAGAACAGCUAUCUGAGCUAACAAAUGAAUAUCUGACAGUCAAGUAUAGGGAAUCCGCCAAGGAAGUGUGUGAAGUCAUCACAAGCAUUUUGGCUAAGUUUGGAUCUCGUGCGGGCCCCUAUUUUGCUAACCAUCUACAUAUUAUUGGAGAAUGGCGGUCCAAUGAAUUGGAAGGGUUCGAACUCAACCAGGUCAGUGAAAAUGUUAUUGCUGUUGCUAUCAGUUCGAUUGGACCAGAAGAGGUUUUGAAAGUGCUUCCACUGAAUCUAACUAAUCCGCAAGCCACUGGAAGAGCUUGGCUACUACCGUUACUGAGGGACAAUGUAAGACAUGCUAGCCUUGGUUUUUACAUCUCUGAGAUUCUUCCAAACGUGGAAUUUUUCGAGCAAAAAAUCGCUGAAGGAAACCCAGAAUCUGUGAACAUCAAGAUAUUUGCUACCAUUGUGGAUCAAAUUUGGUCUCUCUUGCCUCACUUCUGUGAUCUUCCUACCGAUUUAACUCAAAGUUUCACCGACGAUUUUGCAUCUAAACUUGCGGGACUUUUGUAUGAGAAAACCGAUUUGAGAAACACAAUCUGUCAUGCUCUCAAGCUCCUGGUGGAAAGCAACGUUACCUACUCAUUAGGCGUUUUGGAAGAUGUGGUUUUGGCACAGAAAUUCCCCUUAGAGGAAGCUCAAAAGAACAUCGAAUAUCUUUCGACUACAAAAGCAUCCAAAUUGUUGUCGGUGCUAUUCAAUGUCUUCUCUCAAACUUCAAUGGCUCAAAGAGGUUUUGUUCUGGAUACAAUUGAUGCAUAUUUGCAAAUUUCGAAGCCGGAGGAUCUUUCUGCCACUUUUGACAAAGUUUGCUCAAUCUUGAAGCAGGCACUGGAUGAUGAGAAGGAAACUGAUAUGAUCAAGACGGAGGAGCCGGCUGCGAAAUCGAGCAUUCCAAAAUUGUCGAUCACCAUGAUGGACUUGAUAGUAUUGAUGGCUAAGUACGUCCCCGAAUCUUGCUACAAUGCGUUAUUCUCAAUCUUCAACCAAACAGUCAAAAUUGCAGAUGUUCAGAUUCAAAAGCGUUCUUACAGAGUAAUUAGUCGACUACUGGAAGCUGAUGCUGGACAAAAAUCGGUUUUGAAUUUCAUAUCUAACAUUUUGUCUCUUCUUCUAGAAACCACAGAAACCACCAUGACAGCAGCAAAGUCACCGAGAUUUGCGCUGAUUCUGGAUAUCAUCAAGAUUUUGCCAGCAGAAAACCUGCAUUUCAUUCCUGCUGUUGUCUCAGAGGUGAUAAUCAGCACGAAGAGUUUGAACGAAAAGACCAGGGAAUCUGCUUACGAGACUCUCAUUGUGAUGGCUGCUAAAAUGGCUGAAUUUGAGGGAGCUCCAGUUAAAAACUCGAUGAAUGAUCCCGAGAUGCCCGAUUCGACCGCCUCGCUUCAAGAGUUUUUCACCAUCUGCUCUGCAGGUUUGGUGGGCGCCACUCCUAACAUGAUCAGUGCUGCUAUCACUUCGCUUGCUCGUCUAGUGUAUGAAUAUCACUCGAAACUAGAUAUUCAAUUUUUAUCCGAGCUCUACCAGACAGUUGAACUAUUCUUGACUUCCAAGAAUAGGGAAAUUAUCAAGGCUACGCUUGGUUUUGUCAAGGUUGCGAUUUUGAGUUUGCCGGAAGAGAUGGUUGCACAGAACAUGAAAGGUUUACUGACCAACUUGAUGGCUGCGUCUCACGAGCACAAGAAUCAUUUCAAAUCUAAGGUUAAACAUAUCAUUGAGAGACUGAUUCGUAAGUUCGGUGUCGAUCUUGUUGAGGAAAGCAUCCCCGAGGAGGACAAGAAACUUGUUGCCAACAUCAAGAAGUCAAAGGCUAGGGCCAAGAGAAAGAAGUCGCAAGCUACAGGUACAAAUGCUGCGGAGUCAGGAGUGAUGUCUGGUUACGAGGCAGCUCUGUAUAGCGAUUCCGAAUCCGAAGAGGAGGAGGAUCAGCCAUCUGGAAAGUCUCAACAAUAUAUUUCCGAAUCUAGAGAGAUGCCGCUUGAUCUGCUGGACAAACAAACACUUACUCACAUAUCGUCUUCGAAACCAAAGAAAUUCACCAAAAAGACUCUGGAGAACGAAUUCAAGACCAAGAAUGGUAAGUUGGUCAUUGAAGAAGCCGAAGAGCAGGAAGAUGUGCUCAAUAAAGACUCUAUCGAUGCUUAUGUGGAGGCGGUUAGACAAGGUCCAAUCAGGGGCCAGAAAAACAGACUUAGAUACAAGCAUAAGAAAGGAGAUGACAUCAAUUGGGACGAAGAGUCGGACAACGAGUCCAAAUCGAAACCAAAAACCUCCAACAAGAUUCAAAAACCUCAGCGGAAACAGAAGAAGUUUAAAUCUAACAGACGUUUAUAG